AUGCCGGCCAACGAUCUGUUCUUCGCCGGCAACUUUGCACUCAACAACACGACCGAAGAAGAUAUGCAACGGAGUAUGGAUUUCUUCGCCUACCACUGCGCCAACUUCGGACCGACCAUCAAUACGAACAAAAGGAUGACUGCCGAAUACAGUGUCCUUCACAUCCGCGUAAACGGUGCCGAACUGAAGGCCGUGGAUAACUCAGAGUACCUAGGCAGCACAAUGUCACGCUGCAUCAGAAUAGACGACGAGGUGGCCCGCUGGAUCUUCAAAGCCAGCCAGGCCUACAGCGGGCUGCAGAACUUCGUGUGGAAUCGCCACAGCCUCCAAAUGAAUAGCAAAUUGAAAACGUGCAAGGCCGUCAUCCCGACGACACUUCUCUACGGAGGGGAAACCUGGGUCGUCUACUCCUGCCAUGCAAAGAAGCUCAACCACUUCCAUCUUAGCUGCCUCCGCAGAAUACUAAGGCUGAGAUGGCGAGAAAUGAUACCCGACGUGGAAGUUCUAGAAUGGACCGGAUUCCUCAUCAUCCACGCCAUGCUGAGGCAACUGUAG